UGUAGUAGGAGAGUUCUUGCCUGGGUGAUUUCUCUGCCUCUCUUACCCUCCUGCAAUUGGACUACAUGGAACUCUGGUGAUUAGACUGUUACUCCUACUUGUCAUCAUGUUGGCAGAAGGCAUCUUAACUAGACUGGUUUAUAAUGAAAGCUGUCGUCAAGACAAGCCUCACAAAUCUCAUGCAUCCAGAAAGGAUAAAGAGGGAAUCUGGAGACAGCGACUUGUAGACAACCCCAAAAUUAAAGGCUUUGCUGAUGGAGGUGAGAAGCAGGAUGAGAUCUCUGCUAGCAGUAGCAAAAUGGAACCCAGGAGCAGAUCCAUAAAGGAGGUACCUGCAAAAGAUCAGAAAACGCUUGUUAAAGGAACUGUGUCACCAGCUUUACAUAUCCCCCAGAGAGAACAAAAUCCUGAACAGGUGGAUUUGUACAGAUCCUGGUCAUGCAACAGCAUUUAUCAGAACUAUCCUGAUUUACAUAUUGGGGGAGACCAUGUGGGGGACCAUACGUGUGAUUCUGGUUGUGUUUUGGACCAUGUGUGUGAUGAACUUCCUGAUGGCCCUGUCUUACUGUCCGUCGAUAUUCCUCUAGGUCAGUCCCCUCUGGGUGAGCAUCCCAAAAAGCCAAGUCUAAAGUCCCUGCCUGGAGAUGAAGCUGGAGAAACAAGUAUCACGCUCUGUGAGGAGCCUCUUUCAAACUCCAUGCUCAACAAGUACAUGGAAACAAAAGUGGCAGAGCUCUAUAAACAGUUUUUUGAGGAAAACUUGACCAGGUGUGGUUCUGUAAGAAACCUCCUUGCUUGCAGCUUGAUAAGGAAUAACCUGAAUCAGAUAAGCUUCCAGAUAUCCCAGGAGCAGAAUAUAGAAACAUCAAAAGCCAGAGAAGUGCUCUUGCACUCCUUAGCUUUGUUUAGUUUGCACAAUGCUACCAAUAGAAAUAGCUCUGAAUUUAGUACUCCAAACUUACAGAUCUCAAACCCAGCGGGUGUGAAAAAGAGCUGCAGGACACAGUUUACCUCGUGA